AUGGGUAGACUAAUUGGGUUGGAACUAAACAAUUUCAAGUCCUAUAGAGGGACUUCCACUAUUGGAUUCGGAAGUUCUUUCUUCACUUCAAUUAUUGGACCUAACGGGGCCGGUAAAUCAAACAUGAUGGAUGCGAUCUCAUUUGUAUUGGGGAUCAAGUCCUCACAAUUAAGGUCUCAGAAUGUCAAGGAUUUGAUAUACAGAGGUAGAAUUGGCGAAACUAGCGAUGUAGGAGGAGAAGAAGGAGAAGAGAUUGUGGCUCGUAGGGCGUACGUGAGUGCCAUUUACGAGAAGGAUGACGGUGAAAAAUUGACCCUCCAAAGACUUAUAACUUCGUCGAAUGGUUCUAGCGAAUACAGAAUCAAUGGUAGGGCCGUGACUGCACUUCAAUAUUCUUCAAUCUUAAAGAGAGAAAAUAUAUUGAUUAAAGCUAGGAAUUUCUUGGUCUUUCAAGGUGAUGUAGAAGCGAUUGCAUCGCAGUCACCCAAAGAUUUAACUCUGUUGAUCGAAACUAUAAGUGGGUCAAGUGAAUACACAAAGGAGUAUGACGAAUUAGUAGAGCAACGUGAGGCUGCCCAUGAAGAAGCAAACAGUGUUUUUGCUAGGAAAAGAGUUCUCAACUCUGAAUCCAAGCAGUAUAAGGAACAGAUGCUUGAACAAGAGUCUUUUGAAAAGAAGUUGAUAGAAAAGUAUGAUUUAAUUAAGUUGAUAAAUUUGUACAAACUUUACCAUAAUGAGAUGAAGCACAAGGAAAAUGUUAAUGAAAUUAAAUCCGAGAAAGCUAAACUUGAUUCUUUGAAGAAGAAGUUGAAGGUAGAGGAAAAUUCGCUUAAGCUGCUCAUGAGUGAAUAUUCCAAGGAUCAAUUGAAAUUGAAGAGAAUUCAAACCAAGAUUGACACAUUGAAGGGUGACAUUGAAGAUAGGAAAAGGGACAUAAUUCCUCUUGAAGCUCAAAAGAAGAGUGUCACCAAUAAAAUUAAUUUGUGCCGGAAUAAGAUAAAAGAAUUCGAAAGGGAAAUUGUCAAGCAAACAAAUCAAGUCAAGUCUGUUGAAAAGCAAUUGAACGAAGGAAAGAGAAUGUACGAUGAGUUUACGAAGAAGGUUUUGGAAGCAGCCACUUCUGGUAAUAUAUCCAUUGACUGCCAACAAGAAUACGAGUCUCUUCGUGAUCUUUUCCUCAAAAGUGGAGGGUCACAAUUAGAAGAAACAUUGUCACUCGUGAGCAACGAAAAAGAUACCAUUUUAGCCUCCAUCUCUAACCUUCAAAAACAAGUUGCCAAUAGCAGUAAGAAAACAGAGUCAAUUCAGUCUAUCAUCAAAGAUGACUUAGAGUCAAAGCUUUCUUCAUUGACUACUUCGAUCAACGAUAUUUUGACGUUAAAGAAAAGUAAAGAAACCACUAGAUCUAACUUGUUAACACUCAAAGAGGAAGCCAAGUACAAAGAGCUCCAAUUGAACACACAAUUGAGAGAUAUAUUAAUCAAACUAGAUGAAUUAUCUUCGCAACAAAGAGAAUCACAGAAGCAGCGUAAACUCAGAGAAAAUGUUUCAAUGCUUAAGAAGAUGUUCCCCAAUCAAAAAACUGCCAUUAGGGGUCUAGUAUACGACUUGGUGAGACCCAGUGAGAGUAAAUACGAAACAUCGUUAUCAACAUUGUUAGGAAGAAAUUUUGAUUCCAUUAUAGUUGAGAGCACAUCAAUUGCCUACAAAUGUAUUGAAAUUUUCAAAGAGAGAAGAUGCGGAGUUGCAACUUUUAUCCCUUUAGACAUGGUUAGCAAUAGAAUAGAAUUGGGUCAAUUGAGAAGGAUAGGAGAUUGCACACCAGGAUUAGAUGUAGUUGAGUAUGAUGACUCAAGUUUGGAAAAUGCAAUUGAAUACAUUAUUGGAGAUGCUAUUGUUUGUGACAACAUAGAGAUCGCCAGAAAACUUAAAUGGGAUGGCAGUAAAAGGGAUCUCUCAAAUAAGAUAAUUACUUUAAAUGGAUCUAUUAUUGAUAGUUUUGGCUUGAUGACAGGUGGUAAGCAAGACAAGAAAGUAGGAGACCGUGCUGCUGCGUGGGAUAGAAAUGAAUGGAAGAAGUUAAGCGAACUCAAGGAUGAAUUAUUAGCUCAACUUUCGGACCUUAACGAUAGUAAACCAAAAAUGAUUACAAUCAAACAAUUGGUGGAUGAAAUUGAUCAAUUAGAAGAUAAGUUGCCUUUGUUAAGAAACCAAAAGCAAAGUAUAGAAAGAGUCAUAAAGGAUAGAUGGCAAGAUGUCGAAUAUCAUAAGCGAAUAAUCAACGAAAAUGAAAACUUAAUCAAACAGAAAAGAGAUGAAAUUGCAACUAAAAUCGAUAAAGAGUAUGAAGAAACGAAUAAGAAGAUCAGGAAACUUCAGGAUAAGAUUUAUACGGAUUUCUGUAAUAAAUUCUCCUUUGAGGGUGGAAUUCAAGGCUAUGAAGAUUUAUACGGAUCAGCCUUAAGAUCAAGAACUAAAGAGAAAUCUCAAUAUUUAAAAGCAAUUACGACUUUGACGAGUAUGUUGAAUUUCGAAAAAGAAAGAUUAGGUGAUUCAGAAUUAAGGAAGGAAAAGGCUGCAAAGCAAUUAGAAGAAUAUGAACGCUUGCUUUUAUCUCAAAUGGAACAAAUCGAAUCAAUGCAGAGUGAAAAAGACGAGUUAGAGGCAGAACUUGAAAUAUUAACCGAGGAGCAAUUGAAAGUCUUAUCCAAAAAGACGGCGGAGAAAUUCAAAUUUAUUAAGUCUUUUGAAUCUAAUGUUGAAGAUAUUCAAAACGAAACAAGCGAAGAGAAUAAAACAAUCCUUAGCUUGGAGGAGAAUCUAUUAAAAAUAGACUCUGAAAGAUUGAAUAUAUUAAAAAAUUGUAAGAUUGAAAAUAUUAUCUUACCAUUGAAGGAAGGUGAAUUAGAUCAACUUUCUAUUGAAGGGGGAAGUGAAGAAGUCGACUGUUAUGGCAUUGACAUAGAUUAUGAUAUGGUUGGCACUAAAUUGAGAGAAGCAGGCUUUUCAACUAAAGUUGAAGCUGAAUUACAGAGUAAAUUGGAACAAGUGUUGAUCGACUUGGAGUCCCUCACCCCAAAUGCUAAAGCCGUGGAAAGAUUGAGAAGUGCUGAAACAAAACUUAAAGAAUUCGAUAGAGAUUUCACAAAAGCUAGACAAAAGGAGAAUAAGAUACUUGAAAAAUUCAACUCAGUAAAGAAUAAAAGGUAUGAGUUGUUCAUGGGUGCCUUUAAGCAUAUACUGGAACAAAUUGACAAUACUUAUAAAGAAUUAACUAAAUCUAAAUUAUCUACGCUUGGAGGGUCUGCUUACUUGACAUUGGAAGAUGAAGACGAACCAUACUUAGCUGGAAUAAAGUACCAUGCGAUGCCUCCAAUGAAAAGAUUCAGAGACAUGGAAUUACUUUCAGGUGGUGAGAAAACUAUCGCUGCAUUAGCGCUCUUAUUUGCAAUUCAUUCCUUCCAACCGUCCCCAUUUUUUGUUCUUGACGAAGUAGAUGCUGCAUUGGAUAAUUCUAACGUAGCUAAGAUUGCUAAUUACAUAAGGAAACAUGCCGGUCCACAUUUCCAAUUUAUUGUCAUUUCACUCAAGAAUUCUCUAUUUGAAAAAUCUGAUGCACUUCUAGGCAUAUAUAGAGAUCAAGUUGAGAAUAGCUCAAGAACUGUCACAUUAGAUUUGAGAGAGUACCCUGAAGAACCUUUGACUCAAGAUAUACGUACCCAACAAGUUGAAGCUUAA